AAUGCAUGGCGCCCUAUACAAGAAGAACAAGGAAAUUCCUUUCAAGUCACAAAGCCAAGAGCCGUGCCUUCAUGUUGCAAGGCAACAUGAAGAGACACACCCCUGUCGUCCUUCAGGUCUUUUGACUUGCUGUAUAUUAGCGAUAGACAGAGAGAGAAGCCCAAGGGUGAGGGUGCAGGAAGCGGGGCAUAGCAUCGCCCCUCUGGCCCGCAGUACAGUUGGGCGCAAGACCAUGUGAAACACAGGAAUUAAAGGGAACAGAAGCUGAGAAGUCCAGCGUAACACAGGACAGACCGCGAGACUGGACUUAGGUGAAACCGUGUAAACAUGACCGAGCCACCCACCCCACUCCCCGGGGCCACAUUAAAUGGUGCGAUCAAGAGGAAUUUAGAAAUAAGUGGCCGGGGUCCUCCCAUAGACAGCGACACAGAAAGAGAAAAUGAAACUAAGAUUAGCCACAUGGAGCGAAGUGCAUCUUUGCACAUGCGUGAGACCCUGCGACCAGUACCACUGCCCAGGUCCAAAACCCACAUUGAACCUGUUUCCAAGGAACCUGGACGGUUCCAGAGAUGUCAGGACCAACAGAAAGCAACACAGGGAGUAAAGAUGCUUGAAGAAGAUGAGGAAAAAGAGCCCUGCAGCCCAUUGCUCCCGAGCCAGAGUUUGCCACAGCCACCGAGCCCCCAUUCCUCAGCCUCGGCCUUACCCCUGCCCCCUCCCCCUCCCCCUCCCCUUCCCCCUCCCAAUUCUGUGUCUGAGGAUGGACAGAUCCCACUCUACCUGGAAAUACUGCCGGAGGAGACAAGACCCACUGAGGUUAGCAACUUGGAGCGAAGUACGUCUUUGCUCUUGCUCAAACCCAAGCAACUAACUCCAGUGCACAGAUCCAAGUCCGACUCUGAACCUGUUUUCCGGAAACUUGCGUCGUUCUUUACUAGUCGAGACCAACAGAAAGCAAACCGGGGAGCCAAGAAACCUUUGGAUAAUUGCACUCGGAGCUCACGCCCCGAACGGCCACCACCUCCCAACUUCAGCAAGAGCUGUGGAGGUCAUAAAGCGCUCCUCCCAGUACAGAUGUCCACCGGGGCGGCCUUGAAUGGUAGGGACACGCAGGAUGGAGGCAGUGAAAGCAGGCUGAAGAUGCUCGAAGAAGAUGAGGAAAAAGAGCCCUGCAGCCCAUCGCUCCCGAGCCAGAGUUUGCCACAGCCGCCGAGCCCCCAUUCCUCAGCCUCGGCCUUACCCCUGCCCCCUCCCCCUCCCCCUCCCUCUCCCCCUCCCCUUCCCCCUCCCAAUUCUGUGUCUGAGGAUGGACAGAUCCCACUCUACCUGGAAAUUCUGCCGGAGGAGACAAGACCCCCUGAGGUUAGCCACCUAGAGCGAAGUACAUCUUUGCUCACGCGCAGACCUGAGCCACCAACACCAGUGCACAGAUCCAAGUCCCACUCCGAACUCCUUUUCCGGAAACUAGCGUUGCUCCAGAUCAGUCAGGACCAACAGAAGGCAGACCAGGGAGCAAAGAAACCUUUGGAUACUUGCCAUCGGAGCUCACGCCCUGAACGGCCACCACCUCCUAACUUCAGCAAGAGCCGUGGAGGUCAUAAAGCGCUCCUCCCAGUACAGAUGUCCACCUGGGGACCCUCCAAUAGCUGUGACACCCAGUACAAGGACAGUAAAACCCCUCCAGCUGGCUUUGACACUGAGUACGAGGACAGCAAAACCCCUCCAGCUGGCUUUGACACUGAGUGUGAGGACAGAAUAGACCCUCCAGGUUCCAGUGACACUCAAUACGAUGAUAAAACUUAUCCAGUUGUAUGUGACACUCAGUACAAGGACAGCAAAACCCCUCCAGUUGCCAGUGACACUCAGUAUGGGUACAGUGAAACCUCUCUAGGUUCCUGUGACACUCUGUACACGGACAUAAUAACCCCUCCAGGAGCCAGCGACACUGGGUACGAGGACAGAAAAACCCCUCCAGGGGCCAGCGACACUGGGUACGAGGACAGAAAAACCCCUCCAUUUGCCAGUGACGCUCAGUACAAGGACAUUGAAACCUCUCCAGGUGCCUGUGACACUCAGUACAAGGGCAGCCUGAAGGCAAUCAGGAGCAAGGCGGUCCAUGAUUUUUUCUCCAAAAGACCACUGCCACCAAUCCCCCAAUCAAAGUCACAGUCAGAGCCAUUGUACGAGGAACUGGGCUGGUGCUCAUGCGUUAAAAACGAGGAUUCGGAGGAACGCAAGCCUGAGGACAUCGAGGUACUGAUGGCCUGGUGGCGCACCAUAGAAGAGUGGGAUAACAUGCCACUGGAUUAUGAACUCAAGGAAGAGGAGGAAAUCAGGGUAUUCACUCUCACAGCCUACAGGAUCAAGAUGGGACUUCGUCUCUUCAACUGCCUUUUGUCCAAGAACAGUGAGAGUCUGCAGAACCGCAUAACUGAGCUGUACACAACUGCGGACAACUUGGACAAAGCGCGCAAGAGGGCCAAAAUUGCCACCAUGACUGGGGGCACAACGGGGACAGUAGGAGGGGUAGCGGUCGUAGCAGGCCUAGUCCUCGCCCCCCUGACCUUGGGCGCCUCUCUGGUGGUGUCGGCAGUAGGGGUGGGUGUGGCGACGGCUGGUGGGUUGACGGGAGCCUCAGCAGCCCUCACCAACAAAGUCAACAGCAACCUGGACAGGAAGAGGGUGGAGAAGAUUGUGCUGGACUACUGGGACGAGGUUUCGGACAUUGAGAGGUGCCUCCAUUUUGUGUGCCUGGGGAUGGGAUGGCUGGGACAGCAGGACGCCUCCAGGCUGAGGGUCGCUGACGAGGAGACAGUGGCCGUGGCAAGGCUGGCGGAGGUUGCUAGGGGCAACAGCAGCUCCAUCCAAACCGCCUGUCAGUCCUUAGAAAUCCUGCAGAAGUUCUCCCUGGACAUGGACGACUUCUUCACCAAUGGGGAGAGCCAGAAGGUGAAGAAGGGCACAGAGACCAAAUUCGCCGACAAGAUCCGCAGUCUUGCCCAACAACUGCAGGAUGGGCUGGACAGUUUGAUGACAAUCCGGGAGAACCUCACCUUGGCAGCCAGCACAAUUGGAGUGUAUGAGGAGCCCAGAUACUGCUGAGUGUGACCCUGUGCAAUUUCAAUAAUAAAUUGUAAAAUCACUUUUUUUUCCCCACAACCAAAACAAAUUCAAUUAGUGUACUAUUUCUGUGACUAGAUAGAUAUUCAACCACUGAUAUUGAAAGAACAAGAGUGUAUUUGAAUGGUUAUGCUUCCUCACAACCUAUUUCAACAUAAUUUCUCAGUAGCACUUACCACUGAAUAAAGCAACCUAAUAGAGGUAUAUAAAAUAUUGCCUCACCAUUGCUCAAAGGUGGUGUGGUUUUAUUAUUUCUUUCCAAAAACCACCAGAGGACAGUCUUGUGCAAAGCAUGGCUUGUUUUACACAGAGUGUAAGUACAUGUCUAUAGUUUUACACCUUCCUGGUUAUGCUCCUGUACAAAGAUACAUACUAAACAGUUUUGUAUUGAAGACAUUAUACAACACCGUUCUCCCUCACCAGUUUUGGUAACAUUCUGUGUCUUUUAAAUUGGUUACUCAGCAAAUCUCGUCAUUAAAACGGCUUUCUGUAUAUAUGUAGUGUAGGCACAUGUAUAGGAUCAACUUUCCUCAUCCUUUUCUUUUCAAUACAGCUGUAGAUAUUUUUUAUUGUAGCCUACGUGUUUUUAUGUUGUCUGUUCAGAAUGGAAAAAAAAAAUUCAUGUAGGCUACUCGUUACAUAUGUUGUUCUUUAUUCCUUUCUGACGAUAAGAAUAAAAAUGUUAUUUUUAAAAAUAAAA